CCGAUCGGGAAGGAUCUGACAACUCAAGAGCAUCUUCUUCGAGUAAAAAGAAAGAAGAGGAUGAUGAGCUUGAAUCUGCGAGAGCCGAAAUGGGUGAAGUGAGAGAAGAAAAUGAAAGACUAAAAAUGCAUUUAGAUCAAAUAAUGAAUGAUUACAAGACCCUUCAAAUGCGAUACUAUGAAAUUUUCCACCAAGAUGCAAACGAAUCUAACAACACCUCUGUUGGUAAUCACCAAGAAGUUGAAGAAACUGAGCUUGUUGCUCUAAGCCUAGGAAGAUUUUCAAGUGAUGAGAAGAACAAAACUUCUAGUUCAGGAAAAGAAGGCUUGUCCCUUGGACUCGAAUGCAAAUUUCAAAUGUCAAAAUCAGCUGCAAAUGAAGCUUUGCCUCAUCAUAGCCCAGCAAAUAGUUUGGAAGAUUCGAAGGACGAAGCUGGGGAGACUUGGCCACCUCGUAAAGCUCUAAAGACAAUAAGAAGUGGCUACGAAGACAUUUCUCAACAAAAUCCAGUCAAAAGAGCUAGGGUUUCUGUUAGAGCUAGAUGCGAUACAGCGACGAUGAAUGAUGGUUGCCAAUGGAGGAAAUAUGGGCAAAAGAUUGCAAAAGCAAACCCAUGUCCCCGAGCUUAUUAUCGCUGCACUUUUGCACCUUCAUGCCCAGUGAGGAAACAGGUGCAAAGAUGUCCUGAGGACCUGUCCAUCUUAAUCACCACCUAUGAAGGAACCCACAACCAUCCACUUCCAGUGUCAGCAACCGCUAUGGCUUCCACAACCUCCGCAGCUGCUUCCAUGUUAUUGUCUGAGAGCUCCCACUCUGCAUCCACUGCACCACCCACCUCCACCACAGCACCCAAUAAUAAUAUUCUAAAUGGACUCAACUUUUUUCUGACAGAUACCUCAAAGUCAAAGCAAGUCUAUUUACCCCAUCCUUCAUUAUCGUCUACGCCUUCAUGCCCAACAAUCACUCUUGACCUCACCACACCACCAUCCUCUUCCUCUUAUCCUUUCGGUAGGUUUAAUACACAUUAUCCCUCAAUUGCUCCAACAUAUUCCUCAAGUCUCAGCUUCGGUUCAUCAGAAUCCAACUUUAUGCCAUGGGGCAACAAUUUACAUAGCUAUGGUAGAACUCAACCAUAUAUCAAAAAUCAAAUCGGAACUAGAGAGGCUAUGGAGAAUAUUUAUCAAUCCUACAUAGAAAAGAGUAACGUUCCUGCUGCUCUUCAACAAUCUAUACCCGCAGAUAGUAUAGCUGCCGCAACUAAAGCCAUAACUGCCGACCCAAGUUUCCAGUCUGCUUUAGUAGCCGCACUCACAUCAAUCAUUGGUGGUGGAAAAAGCAGUAGUGCAAGUCAGGUUGGCGGAUCAGGAGAUGAUCUUGAAGUGACAGAGAACGUUGUUAAGCGGGGGUGAACAAUUUUCAGUAUAGCUUCUAGUUAAUGGUUGGGGUUCAAGCUAUUUGAACAAAUAAUCAUCAACAACGACAAAGACUCAGCGGGGAAGUUUGAUUUUUCUACCACCCUCACUCACUGCCUUUUUCAUCUUCUAAGAUUUCUUCGGUGAUAAUAGAGACCAUACAAAUUGACUUUCGAAAAACACACUUGAAUCUAUUUUAUUUGGUUAAUUUUUUAAUGUAUGAUUAGAUAAAGAAAUCUGCGCAUACACAGAUGGUGAAUGGAGAUGCAGCCAUUGCAGAAGAUGGGGAAUUUAAUGGGUAUUCUUUCUCUUUAGAGUUAGACAGGUUAUUAAGAUUAAGACCAUCCUUAAUCUAUGGAGUAGUAAUAUCAUAUUAUUUUCAGCACAAGAUAAAUUAAUUUAGUGAUUUGGU